AGGUUAUACACGCGAGUAAAAGUGGGAGAAAUGCUUGGAGGAGAUAUUGUAAUGUUGAGAAUGUUGAUGACAACAGUCUCGUUGUGUCCACCAUGUGCAAAACAUUUUAGUUGCAAGAGGAAGUACUUAGGCAGUGUCAUAACUGAACAUAGUGCUAAUGGUGCAAAAUGGAGAUUUGUAGAGUUCUUCAAGAUAUUUAUGGAUACAAGAAGAUCCGGAAGAAAGUUAUUAUAACUAUUUUGCGAACUUGUAUAUUUCUUUGUAUGUUUCUGUUGGCGGCAAUUUUUAUUCGUCUCACAUGGAUUAGACCCCACUUCUCUAUGCACUCGUGUAAACGUCCUUGCAAUGUUCUGGAUCUCCCAAUGAUAUGUCGCAUGCAAUUCAAUGUAGAGGCAAUCAGUUACCACAAUUUAAAUUGCAUAAGAUGUCACAAAAAUCUAACACAAUGCAAUGAUUGCGAAAAGAAAGUUAUUGCAAUCAACCGGCAAAUUCCAUCGCCCAAGAUUGAAGUCUGUGAAAAUGAUAUUGUUGUGGUUGAUGUACUAAACAACAUUCCGGACACCAACGUCCUUAUCAACUGGAAUGGUCAAAAUGCAACAUUGUCUCAGAGGGAGCAAGAUAGAAUUUUCUUCAGUACCAAUUUUGGCCCUUCAGAUUAUCGAUACAAAUUUCGCAUUUCUCAGCCUGGAUUUUAUUUAUACAGCAUACAAGCGAAAGAGAGGGCGCAGAAGGUGUCUGAAGAGACUGCAGGAAGUUUGAUUGUUAGGAAAUUUGAUUUGAAUUCUGCCGAAUUUGAGAAUACAAUUUUGAUAGAAAUUAUCGAAGGUGAUUCUAACAUUAAUCUAAAAUGCACUCCAAAUUCGAGUUUAGUGAAAGAAAGUACAAAAUUCAGGUUGAUCUACUUAGUUUCAAUAUCGAAUAUUCCUCUAAUUUUGUCCGUAGAUAACCAUAAAAUCAAAAUUCAUGCUAUAAAUGGAAAUUCCAUAAAAACUCCAAUUGUGACAAAUGUCAAUUUAAACUUGAAAGAUUUUAUGGAAUUUUCUAUUAUAUAUUCAAAAAAUUCUAAUGAUAGGAAUAUCUCUGUAAAUUUUUCAACAGAAGAUAUUCUAAAAAAUUCAACAAGCAAAAUAAAAUUCAUCUUAGAAAACAACCCAAGAUCGUCACAGACAAUUUGAUCUGUAAAUUGUAGGCAUACAGUCUUCAUGAAAGGCACAUAAAGUAAGCAAUCUCGAAGAAAUUUAUUUAGAUUUUCAAUUUUAAUUGUUCUCCGAAUAAUAUUUAUUUGAGCAAAUCUAUGAAUAGUCCUUUCUUUAAUGCUAUAUACAAAAAAUUGACAUGUGCCUGGCAAAGAGAUUUCCCGAGAAUUCAGUCAAAUAAACCAAAUUACUCAUUCAUUCAACUUUGAAGGAGUUUAAAUUUAAAGAAUUUAUUGUGCGUAUCUGAGAAAAUAUUUCGAUCUUCUCAUUGGAAAAGGGCUAAUAAAAAGAAAUGCAAUAAAUUCAGCGGAUGAAGCAAAAAUUGUGCCAGAGUAUUUCAAAAUGAUCUUAUAGGAUAUAAAUGUGAUAUUGGUACAAUGUCUAAACUAUGUACAAUAAAUGGAAAAUAAAGAAUUUUUUUUUAGAAUA